AAAAUAAAUAGUAAAUUAACUAUUAUGAUAAUUAUAAAAUUUAUAUAAUUUUUGGGAAAUUAAAUUAAAAACAAUUAAUAUACGUAUAAAAAAAGUGAAAAAAAAUUCAAAUAACUUGCAAACAAAAUGUGGUUUAUUUUGGAAUUAUUUUGGGAUCCAUUUUUUCUACUUGGAACAUUAUUGGCAACAAUUUAUUUGUUUUUCACCUCGACAUUUGAUUUUUGGUCAAAGAAAAAUGUCCCCUUUCGUAAGCCAACGAUAUUUUUCGGUAAUUUCAAAGAAUUACUACUUUUCCGUAAAUCCCAACCGGAAGGUAUUUAUGAAAUUUACAACUGGUUCAAAAAUGAAGAUUAUUUUGGUGUCUUUCGCGUUCGUACGCCAAGUUUAAUUCUAAGAAAUCCGGAAUUAAUAAAAAAUGUAUUUGUCAAAGAUUUCGCGAAUUUUUGUAAUCGCGGAAUUCCCGUUAAUAAUUCAAAGGAUCCAUUAGUGGGUCAUUUGUUUAAUCUCGAGGGUAAAAAAUGGAAAGGUCUCAGAUCGAAAUUAACACCGGCAUUUUCGUCAAACAAAAUAAAAAGAAUGUUUUAUCUUUUAACGGAAUGUUCGGGGCAAUUAGAAAAAUUUAUAGACAACGUUGUCGAGCAAGAUGAAUCGAUUAUCGAUGUGCGUGAAUUGGCUGCGAAUUUUACGAUUGACGUGAUUGGAACAUGUGCAUUUGGAAUACAAACGAACGCGAUAAAUUCAAAGGAUUGUGAAUUUAAACGAAUGGCAAGGAAAUUGUCGAAACCGAGCUAUAAAACAACCAUAUGGCGAAUGCUACGACCUGCAUUACCCACUUUAUUUAAAAUUCUUGGGGUGCAAAUAAUUGAUCCUGAAGUGACGAGAUUUUUCAAGGACGUCGUGUCACAAGUGAUCAAGCAAAGGGAGAAUUUAGAAAUAAAAAGACACGACUUUAUGGACCUGUUGAUCGAGUUGAAAAAUAAGGGCACACUGGAAACCGAAAACGGAAGUAAACAAGUUCUCGAUGACGAUCAAUUUACAAAAGAAAUUGAAUUAGAUGAAGAUACAAUAGCGGCACAAGCGUUUGUCUUUUUUGUCGCUGGCUAUGAUACGUCCGCUAAUGUGAUUGCUUUCUGCCUACAUGAAUUGGCACUAAAUACCGAAAUCCAAGAAUUAACAAGACAAGAUAUUUUAGAUUCUUUGGAAAAAUUCGAAGGCAAAUUGACUUAUGACGCAAUACAAGAAAUGAAGUAUCUCGACAUGGUGGUUUCGGAAACUUUGAGAAAAUAUCCUCUGUCUUCUCUAUUAUCAAGAAAGUGCGAGAACCCAUAUAAAAUUCCAGGCACCGAAGUUGAAUUACCAGCAGGGAUGAGGGUUAUUAUUCCAAUUUAUGGACUACAUCACGAUCCAAAUUAUUACCCGGAUCCUGAAAUUUUUUAUCCCGAGAGAUUUAAUGAGGAGAAUAAAAAGGCGAGACAUCCCUUUGUUUACCUGCCAUUUGGCGCUGGACCAAGGAAUUGUAUAGGACAACGUUUUGCAUUGUUACAAACAAAAGUGGGAAUAAUUACAUUUCUUAGAAAUCAUCGAGUGGAACUUUGUGAAAAAUCAGCAGUUCCGUUAAUUUUUAGUCGUCGUAAUUUUGUGACAAGUAGCGAAAAAGGUAUUUGGUUGAAAAUCGUUUCAACUUGAAAAUUAAUUUUUAAAUUGAAUUUCUAUUUUUUAUAUAAUUUUGUACUUAAUUGA